AUGUCAGCAACCGAAUUUUAUUCAUCUGGUGACCAGUCCAAAUAUGAUCCAAAACCAUUGGAGUCCCAUCAUGAGAAUCAAGGGAAUGUAAAUGAUGCAGAACAACAGGAUAAAGGUCUUUUUUCAACUAUUGCCGGUGGUGUUGCUGGUGGUUAUGGUGGUCAUAAGUUAGGAGGACAAGAUCAUGGAAAAUUAGGUGCAUUUUUGGGUGCAAUUGGUGGUGCUUGGGGUGCAAACAAAUUGGAAAAUGAGUAUAAAGAUCAUAAGCAACAACAACAACAACAACAGUAUUAUGGAGGAGGAUAUCACAAUUACGGUGGAAAUUAUGGAGGGCGAGGAAUCAAUGCUAAACCGGGUGAUGGUAAGCACAAUGCAGCACCACCUCCUCCUCCUCCACCUGCACCACCAGGAAAUCCAAGACGCGGACAUGGGCCAGGAAUCAAUGCUAAACCGGGUGAUGGUAAGCACUAUGCAGCACCACCACCACCACCUCCACCUGCACCACCAGGAAAUCCAAGACGCGGACAUGGGCCAGGAUCAGGACACGGGCCAGGAUAUGGACACGAACCAGGUCACGAACCAGGACAUGGUGGACCCGGAUACGGUGGACCCGGAUACGGUGGACCACCAGGAUAUGGUGGACCAGGUAGACGUUGA